AUGCAACACUGUUGUAAUAUUUUCUGGUUUUCUCCUUCAGGCAUUUCCUUCUUUCUCUUCUCACCAAUCUCUCUGCAUCUCUUUGCCUGCAGCGAAUGCGGUGUUUCCUUUUCUUACGCUAACUGUGGUGCUUCCUUUCCUUACGCUAUCUGUGGUGUUUCUUUUUCUCACACUAUCUGUGGUGUUUCCUUUUCUCACGCUGUCUGUGGGGUUUCCUUUUCUUACGUUGUCUGUGGUGUUUACUUUUCUUACGCUGUCUGUGGUGUUUCUUUUUCUCACGCUAUCUGUGGUGUUUCCUUUUCUCACGUUAUCUGUGGUGUUUCCUUUUCUUACGCUACUGUCAUAACUAAAACUCCUCUGUCUGUCUAUCUGUCUGUCUCUCUCUCUAACUCUCUCUCUCUCUCUCUCUCUCUCUCUCUCUCUCUCUCUCUCAUAAUGUCAUACGUCGUUCACGUUUCUUGGGGAUUAUCGCUUUAUAUCUAUCUCUCUUUCUAUCUCUCUUUAUUUCUCACUGUCUUUCACUCUUUCUUUCUUUCUUUCUAUCCGCCUUUCCUCUCUCUCUUUCUCUUUCUUUUCCUCUAUCUUUCUUUCUUUGUCUCUUUCUCACUAACUCUCUAUCUCUUUUUUCGUUCUAUCUCUCUCUUUCUCUCUCCCUCCCCUCACUCUUUCAUACUGUCACCCUUUCUUUCGCUUUCUCUCUCCCUCGCUUUCUUCCUCUUUCUUUCUUUCUUUCUUUCUUUCUUUCUUUCUUUCUUUCUUUACUCGCUCUUCUUCUCCUCUCUUUUUCUUUCUCUCUCUCUUUCUCUUUGCUUCCCCCUCACUAUUUCAUACUCUCACCCUUUUUUCGCUUUCUCUCUCUCCUUCGCCUUCUUCCUCUUUCUUUCUUUCUUGCUCUUCUUCUCUCCCUUUUUCUUUCUCUCACUAUUUCUCUCUGCCUCCCCCUACCUCUUUCAUACUCUCUCUCCUUUCCACUUUCUUUCUUUCUCGCUCUUCUUCUCUCUCUUUUUCUUUCUCUCUUUCUUUCUCCCUGCCUCCCCAUCACUCUUUCAUACUCUCUCCCUUUCUUUCGCUUUCUCUCUCUCCCUCGCUUUCUUCCUCUUUCUUUCUUUCUUUCGUUCUUUCUUUCUUUCUUUCUUGCUCUUCUUCUCUCUCUUUUUUUUCUCUCUUUCUUUCUCCCCUGCCUCCCCAUCACUCUUUCGUACUCUCUCCCCCUUCUUUCGUUUCUCUCUCUCUUUUUCUUCCUCUUUCUUUCUUUCUUUAUUUAUUUCUAUCUCGCUCUUCUUCUCUCUCUUUUUCUUUCUCUCUGCCUCCCCUCACUCUUUUGUACUCUCUCCUUUUCUUUCGCUCUCUCUCUCCCUCUCUUUCUUCCUCUUUCUUUCUUUCUUUCUUUCUUUCUUUCUUUCUCGCUCAUCUUCUCUCUCUUUUUCUUUCUAUCUCUUCCCUCUGCGUCCCCCUAACUCCUUCGUACUCUCUCCCUUUCUUUUGCAUUCUCUCUUUCCCUCGCUUUCUUCCUCUUUCUUUCUUUUCUUUCUUUCUUUCUUUCUUUCUUUCUUUUUUUCUUUCUUUCUUUCUUCCUCCCCCUCACUCCUCCGUACUCUCUCCCUUUCUUUCGCAUUCUCUCUUUCCCUCGCUUUCUUCCUCUUUCUUUCUUUCUUUCUUUCUUUCUUUCUUUCUUUCUUUCUGCCUCCCCCCACUCCUUCCUACUCGCUCUAUUUCUUUCGCUUUCUCUCUCUCUCCCACACUUUCUUCCUCUUUCUUUCUUUCUUUCUUUCUUUCUCGCUCUUCUUCUCCCUCUCUUUUUCUUUCUCUCUCUUUCUUCCUGCCUCCCCCUCACUCCUUCGUACUCGCUCCAUUUCUUUCGUAUUCUCUCUCUCUCCCACACUCUCUUCUUCUUUCUUUCUUUCUUUCUUUCUUUCUUUCUUUCUUUCUUUCUUUCUCUCUUCCCUCCCUCCCUUUUUUUUCUCUCCUUUCACCUGCCUCCCCCUCUCUCCUUCGCUUUCUUCUUUCUUUCUUUUUUCUUUCCUUUCUUUCUUUCUUUCUCGGUCUUCUUCUCUCUCUUUUUCUUUCUCUCUCUUUCUCUCUGCCUCCCCUCACUCUUUCGUACUCUUUCCCUUUCUUUCGCUUUCUUUCUCUCCCUCGUUUUUUCCCUCUUUCUUUCUUUCUUUCUUUCUUUCUUUCUUUCUUUCUUUCUUUCUCCUCUCUCUAUCUUUCUCUCUCUCUCCCUCUCUGGAAAUAUCGAAAUUUCUUACUUCGUUCUCUAUAAUUCUCUUGCUUUCUUUCAUUCUUCCAUUCUUAUUCUCGCUUUUUCCCGCUUGUCCUGUCUGGCAUUUUCCUUCUUUCUUUCAUUCCUUCUUUCUUUCUUUCUUUCUUUCUUUCGUUUUAUAUUCUCUCUUUUAUUCAUCUAUCAUUUUCUCGUUCUUCCCUUCUUGCCUUCUUUCGUUGUUUCUUUCUUUCUUUCUUAUUUUCAUCUUUCUUUCUUGCUAUCUUUUAUUCUUUCUCUCAAUCUCUCGCUCUUUCCUUCUUGACUUCUUUCUUUCUUUCUUUCUUUCUUUCUAUUUCUUCCUUUCUUUCUUUCUCUCGCUCUUUCUUUCUUGUCCUCUUUCGUUCUUUCAUCCUUUUUUUACUCUUUCUUUCUCGUCUUCUUUCGCUCUUUCUCUUCUUGCCUUCCUUCGUUGUUUCUUUCUUUCUUAUUUUCAUCUUUCCUUAUGGUUCGCUUUAGCUGUUUCCUUCUUUCUUUCUUGCUUUCUUUUAUUCUUUCUCUCAUUCUCUCGCUCUUUCCUUCUUGACUUCUUUCCUUCCUUCCUUCCUUCCUUCCUUUCUUUCUUUCUUUCUUUCUUUCUUUCUUUCUCGCCUUCUUUCCUUGUUGCCCGCUUUCAUUCUUUCUUUGUGGUGGUCUAUCAUUCAUCCGCUUUUUCAUUCUUUCUUUCUCAUUCUCACUCCUUCUUUUUUGUGCUCUUUUGCUUUUUUAUUCUUUCUUUCUCUCGUUUUUUUUUCUUUCUUGUCUUCUUUUAUUCUUCUUCUCUUAUCCUCGCUCUUUCCUUUCUGUCCUUUUGGGCGUUUUCUUUCUUUUUUUUUCUUUCUUCAUUUCUUACUCUUGUUUUUUUUUUUUCUUUCUUUUUACGUUCUUCUUUUUCAUCCUUUCUUUCCUUCUUUUUUGCUUUCUUUCUUUUUUGUCUUCUUUUUUUUCCUUUUCCCCCAUGUUUCCUUCUUCACGUCUUUCGUUCGUUCUUUCUUUCUUCCUAUCGUUCUUUCCUUCUUGUCCUCUUUCAUAGUUUUUUCUUAUUCUCGCUAUUUCUUUCUUUUCUUCUUUCACGAUUUCUUUCUUUCUUUCUCUCUCAUUCAUUCUUUCAUUCUCUCGCUCUUUCCUUCUUGACUUGUUUUAUUUUGUCAUUCGUGUGCUCUUUCAUUCUAUCCUUCUUUCAUUAUUUCUUUCUCAAAAACUUUCUUUCUUGCUUCCAUUCUUUCUUUUUCUCGCUCUUUCUUUCUUGUCCUCUUUCGUUCUUUCAUUCUUUCUUUCUCUUACUCUUUCUUUCUCUUCUUCUUUCCCUCUUUCUUUCUCUCGCUCUUUCUUUCUUGUCCUCUUUCGUUCUUUCAUUCUUUCUUUCUCUUACUCUUUCUUUCUCUUCUUCUUUCCCUCUUUCUUUCUCUCGCUCUUUCUUUCUUGUCCUCUUUCGUUCUUUCAUUCUUUCUUUCUCUUACUCUUUCUUUCUCUUCUUCUUUUCCCCUCUUUCUUUCUCUCGCUCUUUCUUUCUUGUCCUCUUUCGUUCUUUCAUUCUUUUCUUUCUCUUUACUCUUUCUUUCUCUUCUUCUUUCCCUCUUUCUUUCUCUCGCUCUUUCUUUCUUGUCCUCUUUCGUUCUUUCAUUCUUUCUUUCUCUUACUCUUUCUUUCUCUUCUUCUUUCCCUCUUUCUUUCUCUCGCUCUUUCUUUCUUGUCCUCUUUCGUUCUUUCAUUCUUUCUUUCUCUUACUCUUUCUUUCUCUUACUCUUUCUUUCUCUUCUUCUUUCCCUCUUUCUUUCUCUCGCUCUUUCUUUCUUGUCCUCUUUCGUUCUUUCAUUCUUUCUUUCUCUUACUCUUUCUUUCUCUUCUUCUUUCCCUCUUUCUUUCUCGCUCUUUCUUUCUUGUCCUCUUUCGUUCUUUCAUUCUUUCUUUCUCUUACUCUUUCUUUCUCUUACUCUUUCUUUCUCUUCUUCUUUCCCUCUUUCUUUCUCUCGCUCUUUCUUUCUUGUCCUCUUUCGUUCUUUCAUUCUUUCUUUCUCUUACUCUUUCUUUCUCUUCUUCUUUCCCUCUUUCUUUCUCUCGCUCUUUCUUUCUUGUCCUCUUUCGUUCUUUCAUUCUUUCUUUCUCUUACUCUUUCUUUCUCUUACUCUUUCUUUCUCUUCUUCUUUCCCCUCUUUCUUUCUCUCGCUCUUUCUUUCUUGUCCUCUUUCGUUCUUUCAUUCUUUCUUUCUCUUACUCUUUCUUUCUCUUACUCUUUCUUUCUCUUCUUCUUUCCCUCUUUCUUUCUCUCGCUCUUUCUUUCUUGUCCUCUUUCGUUCUUUCAUUCUUUCUUUCUCUUACUCUUUCUUUCUCUUUUUCUUUCUCUUCUUCUUUCCCUCUUUCUUUCUCUCGCUCUUUCUUUCUUGUCCUCUUUCGUUCUUUCAUUCUUUCUUUUUUGCUCCUUCUUUCUCGUCUUCUUUCACUCUUUCAUUCUUUCUUUCUCUCGCUCUUUCUUUCUUGUUCCCUUUCAUUCUUUCUUUCGCUUACUCUUUCUUUCUCGUCUUCUUUCUCUCUUUCAUUCUUUCUUUCUCGUCUUCUUUCUCUCUUUCAUUCUUCCUUUCUCUCGCUCUUUCUUUCUUGUUCUCUUUCAUUCUUUUAUUCUUUCUUUCUCUUACGCUUUCUUUCUCAUCUUCUUUCUCUCUUUCAUUCUUUCUUUCUCUCGCUCUUUCUUUCUUGACCCAUUUCAUUCUUUUUCCUUCUGUCUCUCUUUCCACCUGUCCGCUUUUCAUUCUUUCUCUCACUCUUUCCAUCUGUCCUCUUUUCAUUCUUUCUCUCUUUCUUUCUCUCUUUCUUUCUUUUUUUUCUUGCCUCCUUUCAUUCUUUUUCUUUCUCUCGCUCUUCACUUUUUGUCUUCUAUUAUUCUUUCUGUCUUUCGCUAUUUCCUUCUUUCCCUCAUUUUUUUUCUCUUUCUCUCUCUCUUUCUUUCUUGUCUCCUUUUUUCCUUCCUUUCUUCCUUCUUCUUCCGCUCUAUUAAACUUAUCUCUGUCCAUUUUUUCGACAGUGGAUGUCGAUGA